AUGGACUCUUUGCCAGUCGGCAUAACACCAACGGCGCACUCUCUGUCGUCGCGUCGCGCUGCUGCCGAGAACCUACCGCCCUUCACAAUCCCCCAGAUACACAGCGCAGGCAUACCUCGAACCGGCGCCAGCCCUUCAAGCCUGGGCCUCAACUCGGCUGGAUCAACAACUCCCCAAGCAAACUCGAUGCAAUCACAAGGUCACUAUACCUUUGGCCACAGCCACGGCUCGUGGCCGACACCGGCACCAUCGCAGCCGCACAUGGCCAAUACUUCACCUACACAGGCCCGGCCCAUCACGAAUGGUCAUCAGCAUCAGCAACACCACCAGCAGCAACAGCAACAACAUCACCAGCAGCCAUUAACGACAUACGACGGGCGGGCAAAUCAGUUCGCGCACUCCACUGCCUACAUGAACCACGGCGCGCCAGAGAGGUCUUCACCCUCUCCUGUUGGCCACCAUGGCCUGCAGCAGCCGUCGAAUCACGAAUAUGAGCACCACGCGCCAUUCUCCCCUCACGGGCAAACUACGACGCAGCACUCCGUGCCCUUCCCGGGGCAUCAGCUUCCAUCAGUCACCCAGCCCCAGCACAUGGGGUCGACGUCAACGGCGCCAACGCAGGCUGGGUACGGAUUUGCACGGCCACCGAGCGCAUCUCCCCAAGUGCCAACUCUACAUUCACAAUAUCAGGGGCCAAGGUCACCCCUGGGAACGACAGCAGGCGGAAACCCGGGCAUGUAUCCUGGCGUGCGCGGCUCAGGAUCAAUGCCGCUGCCCUAUGUACAGCAGCCCAUGAACCUACCGCAUCACGCCCAAGCGCGACCACCGCCCUCCCUGUCCGGACAGCCUGCGUACCCCAUGCCGGGUAGCUUUGCGCCUUCGCAACACAUGGGUCAGAUGCCGGGCCAGGUUGCUUAUUCGCUACCGCACAACUACCUGUACAACCCGCACGCGCAGGGCAACGGCGCAGCCGAGCGACCCUUCAAAUGCAACUCGUGCCCCCAGGCCUUUAGUCGCAAUCACGAUCUCAAGAGGCACAAGCGAAUCCACUUAGCCGUGAAGCCCUAUCCUUGCACAUACUGCGAUAAGCAGUUCUCGCGGAAGGACGCGCUCAAGCGUCACCGGCUCGUCAAGGGCUGCGAGCAAAAGGUACUGGCACAGCAAAAGAAAGACCAAGGGGGCGACAGACGAGACGACGAUGAUGGUAGUGUCAGCUCUGUCGAUGAACGAAGUUGA